GCCAUACAUUUUAAAUUUGUAAAAUUGCAGACAAUUUUGUAAACCAGUUUAAUAAAAAUACAAAGAAAUGUAAUUUUGGAUUUGGAUAAUAAAGUCUAGAAUGUCGUUACCACCGCGAUGGCUUCAUUGCCCAAGAAAAGGAAAUUUGGUUGCUGGGUUAUUCCUGCCAUUCAAGACACCACUUGGCCCAAAAUAUAACAAAGAUGUCCCAGAAGAAUGCAGGUUCAACCCUGAUAUGUUGUUCAUGUACCUCACCAGUUUGAAAGUUACGAUGUCGGUUACAAUUGAUCUCACCAACACAGACAGAUUCUACAACAAGAAUGUUUUCAAAGACAAAGGGAUUAUCCACCAAAAGAUUUCAUGUCGAGGUCAUGGUGAAUCUCCAGACGAACAAACAACUCGACUAUUUGUUGAUUUCUGCGAAAAUAUGUUAAAGAAACACCCACAAACAAUUAUUGGUGUUCAUUGCACGCAUGGAUAUAAUCGAACAGGGUUUCUUAUAUGUGCUUACCUGGUUGAGAAACUGGAUUGGAGCAUCGAAGCCGCUUACUCAGCGUUUUCUGAGGCUCGCCCCCCUGGAAUAUUGAAAGCUCAUUAUAUUGAGGAGUUGUUUGAAAGAUACGGCUCAAAAGACGACGCCCCCGGUCCACCCCCUUUGCCACCAUGGCACACAGAGUCAGACGACACAGAAGGUAUGGAUGAUGAUGGGAUAGCUUACGGGGAAGGAAGAAGUCAAAACAAUGAACGAAAAGUUAAUGUGAAAGUAAAGACGUUCAUUGAAGGUUUAACAAUAUCUGGUGUUGAACAAGUUUCCACACAACCAACAUUAAGUCAAGUACAACGUAUUGUACAAGACAUGUGUGGAUGGAAAAAGAAAGGUUUCCCUGGUGCACAACCCGUCUCCAUGACAGUAACCAACCUCCAGCUUCUUGCUAAGAAAUCCUUCAUGGUCAGUUGGAAAGCUGAUGGAGCUCGAUACCUCAUGCUUAUCAAUGGGAAGGACCAGGUGUUUAUGUUGGAUCGAGAUAAUGCUGUGUUUAGGAUUCUCCACCUUGACUUUCCACAUCGUAAAGACUUAAACACGUCACUUAGAGACACCCUGGUUGACGGGGAAAUGAUAAUCGAUGUUGUUAAUGGGAAUAAAGUGCCGAGGUUCCUUAUUUAUGACAUCAUAAAGUUCUCUGGACAACCGGUGGGGGAUUGUGACUUCCGUCGUCGCCUUCAAUGCAUUGAUAAAGAAAUCAUUGGACCACGACACGACAAGAUGCGACGAGGUUUGAUUGACAAGCGACUCGAACCUUUCAGUGUGCGGAAGAAGGAGUUUUGGGAGGUGCAGACUUCGAGGGAACUACUGGAUGGAAAGUUCAGCAGCAUGGUAUCGCAUGAAGUUGAUGGAUUAAUAUUCCAACCUGCUUCAGCAAAUCCUAUUGAUAGGUACGUAGCUGGCAGGAAUGAUGAGAUAUUAAAAUGGAAACCAUCGUCGCACAACAGUGUGGACUUCAGGUUGAAGAUUCAAUCGGUCACAGGUGUUGGUUUGGUGCCGACGUUACAAGGGUUGUUGUACGUGGGGCAACUUGAUACACCCUUCUCGCAAAUGAAGGUCAACAAAGAGUUGAAACAAUACAACAACAAGAUAAUAGAAUGCACAUACGCAAACGAUUCAUGGAAGUUCAUGCGAGAACGAACCGAUAAAAGUUUCCCCAACUCCUACAAUACUGCCAUUGGUGUUUGUGAUUCAAUAAAGCAUCCAGUAACAAAGGAAAUGUUGUUCAACAUGAUCGACCAUCAUGCUUACAAUGUUCAACAUCACCAAGGAUCAUCGAACCACCAUCCACCCCCCGCAUCCAGGAAGAGGACGAGGACCGGGGAACCGGUGAUGCCUCCUCCAGCGGGAUUCCCUCCGAGGAAAUAACAUCAAAAAAUUGCAAAUUAAAAAAAUAUUCAAAAUUUUUUAUCUUCGAAACUCAAAUCCUUUUUUGUGCGAAGUUCGAAAUCUUAUUUGCGCGUCAAUUUUUUUUCUUUGUUUUAAUAAAAAGAAACUUCUUUUGAGA